GAAGUAUUUGAAUUUAAAAUAGAGUGGAAAUUGUAUCAAGGCGACGGUAUUAGAUAUUUUUUAUCUCAUAUCGCGUUUUAUUGUAAAAUAUUUGUUAUAUAUCUCGGUUGUAAUAACUUUUAAACUGGUAACGGCACCUUUCUCCCACUUAUUUUUCGUGCCCGCUGCACAAGGACGCGAUCGCUGGAUUCAAGUCAAGUCUCAGACACACACAGACUCUUUAAGUUACCAGGUGAUUGCAGGUGUGAUACUCAGUAUUCAAAACUUAUCAUUUCCUUAAAAAACUUUUUUUUUAAUACCAAUUUCCGGUCCGUAUCAACGGAUACAUUUUUCCGAAGAGAUGGGUGUUCGAGUACUUGCUGCAAUUGUUCUUAUCAGUAUAAUUGUUGCCGUAAAUGCUGGGGAUAUGAUGAGAAAAAGUAUUGUAUUUGAUAAAAAUACACCUGAUGUAUUUUAUUGCCCGCAACACAAACCCGCGGGAUUUGAAAAAAUGAUUGUCAAAGCAAAACCACUGUCAAGAUUAUGCCAAUUUGAAGGCGGGCCCAUUCCUGAAGACUAUAAAAGUGAUUGCUAUAAUGACGUUGACGAAACAGAGUACGCUUGUAAAGAGAAGUACAGAAUUAUGAAACGACUGAAAAAAAUGGAAAAAGAAAACGAGCCGAUCGACAACGAGUACACCGACAAAUAGAUGAAUAUUCAUGACGCUAUAUACUGCUAUUCAUCGUCAUCUAUAUACGGGAUAACACGAUACAUUAUACACUAAAGCUAAAGCUAAUGGGCAAAUCAUCCAAACUAAUAAUUACGCGUAUAUAUAUAUCACGCUAAUUACUACUAUUAUUGAUGAUACUCAAGUUAGAAGACAGUAAAAAAUUUUUGGUUUUUUUUCGACAAAUUCAUUGAGAAAAAAUAACUUAUAGAAAUAUUUUAGUUUUUUCUUAUAAGAAAUUUUAAAUCUGAAAUAUUUUUAAUAAAAAAAUUUAAUGGCUUCAUUUAAAAUCAUUUUUUAAUUUGAAUUUUCUUCUGUCUCUUGCAAUUUUUUAAAAUAUUUUUUUUAUCAUUUGUCAUUUUGAAAAAAAAUUUAAAAAUUACUAAACGUCAGAUAAUUUGAGUAUCAUCUAAUAUUGAAUGAUUAAUUAAUUAAUUAAUUAAUUAAUAAUAAAUUAACAUACAGUUAUAUCUACAAGUAUAGAAAGGUUUUACAAUAAUUUUUUUAAAACUAAACGGUUAUCAAACU